UACACCGAGUGUGUCAUGCUGGCAGUGUGUGGGCUGAACCUACCAGCCCUCCACUCAUCCUGCCUCUCCCUCUUCUUCUCUGUCCCUCUUCGUCUCCAGAUACUACUCCUCUUCCUCUUCUUCUUUUUUCCAUCUUUCAUCAUCUCUUCCCCUCCUCCUCUCUGUUUCUCUCUCCAUCAGUCUUUUCUUUUCAGUUUAUCAUCAUGGAGAAUGAGUCGCUGAUCUUCUGGGAUGGGCAGGGCAACUUCCAGAAUACAGUCUGAAACUCAGAGAACUCCCCUGCAGGAUUACUACACAUAAAUUACAGUUAAACUACAGAAAAUACCGGCUCACUCAAAUUAAAAUAGCUGUGGACUCAUUCUACAAGAGGAACUACUACAGCCACAGGAAAUACUUCAUCAAAGUACUCAUCCUGCUCCUACAACAGGAAUAUAACACAUCUGCUCCAUCAGGAACUUUGCUCAAGGCCUUCCAACCAAAUAUCAAUCUAACACAGGAACCAGCCACCUCACACUGGACCAGAACCAGUGAGAAUAGCCGGAACCAGGCCAUAACCAGCAACGAACCAGCGGGCCAGUCUGAAGAGUGCACCAAAACCAGACCAGGAAAAACCAGACGAGAUCAGCAGAAAUCAGUAAAGGCCAGUGGAAAAGUUUGAUGGGACUGCUGACGACAGCCACAUGCCUCUGAGUCCGGCUGCUGACACCAAACAUGAUCGCCCACGGCAACAGGCGGUUACUAACGGCAACCCCACAGGCUCUGCUGUCGCCAGGGACGACGACGCAGAAGACGCAUCCUCUGGAAACAGCAUCGUGGUCCGCAUCGGCAUCCCGGACCUGCAGCAGACGAAGUGUUUGCGGUUGGACCCAGAGUUACCAGUUUGGACCAGUAAGCAGAAGGUUCUGGUGACGUUGACUCAGUCUCUGUCGGAUGUUUUGAACUAUGGUCUCUUCCAGCCGGCGUUUAAUGGCCGAGCCGGAAAGUUUCUGGAUGAAGAGCGGCUGUUGAAGGAGUAUCCCCUCCCCCCCAUCACACCCAUCCCGUACCUUGAGUUUCGUUAUAAGAGGAGAGUUUACACGCAGAGCUACGUGGACGACAAGCAGCUGGCGAAGCUGCACACAAAGGCCAACCUGAAGCGCUUCAUGGAGCAUGUUCAUCAGAAGAAUGUGGAGAAAGUUUCCAAAUGGUUGGAAAAAGGUCUGGACCCCAACUUCCACGACUCGGACAGUGGAGAGUGUCCUCUGACUCUGGCGGUGCAGCUGGAGGAGAGCUGCGAGCUGAUCAAAGUCCUUCGCAGUGGAGGAGCUCACCUGGACUUCAGGACCAGAGACGGCAUCACGGCUCUGCACCGGGCUGUCCUCUGCAGAAACAGCGCCGCCCUCACGACUCUGCUGGACCUUGGAGCCUCUCCGGACUACAAGGACAGCAGGGGUCUCACGCCACUGUACCACUCAUCCAUGGUGGGCGGCGCCCCCUACUGCUGCGAGCUGCUGCUGCAGGACCACGCCAGCAUCGGGAUCACAGAUGAAAACGGAUGGCAGGAAAUCCACCAGGCAUGUCGCUAUGGUAACGUGCAGCACUUGGAGCAUCUGCUGUUCUACGGCGCUGACAUGAGUUCCCAGAAUGCCUCAGGAAACACCGCACUGCACCUCUGCGCUCUGUACAACCAGGACAGCUGCGCCAGAGUUCUGCUGUUCAGAGGAGCCAAUAAAGACAUCAAGAACUACAACAACCAGACGGCUUUCCAGGUGGCAAUCAUCGCUGGGAACUUUGAUCUGGCUGAAAUCAUCAAGAUCCACAAAUCGUCUGAUGUCGCAGUUCCCUUCAGAGAAACCCCCUCCUACACGAAGCGCCGGCGAGUCGGAGCCACCAGGUCACCCGCGGGAAAUGGUUUGUCGUCCCCUCGUUCCCUGAUUCGUUCAGCCAGUGACAAUGCCCUUGAAAGCCCCGCUUCCUCACCUGGCCCCUCCCUCCAGAGCCUGGAGACACACCAUGACACGCACACACACUCACUGAGACGACACACGCGCCGCCUCAGUCCGAGCGGCAGAGGUCACGUAGAGACCAGCCCUCCUUCCUCACCCCCCCUCACCCCGCAGAUGAGGAAGAGGAGGCUGUACAGUGCGGUGCCGGGACGCACCUUCAUCGCCACCCGCUCCCACGUCCCCCAGGGGCCCGGAGAGAUCCAGCUGCACCGAGGAGAGAGGGUCAAAGUGUUGUCUAUAGGUGAAGGCGGGUUCUGGGAGGGAAGUGUUAAAGGCAGAACUGGCUGGUUUCCUGCAGACUGUGUGGAGGAAGUCCAGAUGAGACAGUACGACCCACGACUGGAGACGAGAGAGGACCGGACCAAAAGACUGUUCAGACACUACACUGUAGGAUCCUAUGACAACUACACCUCCUACAGUGACUACGUAAUCGAAGAGAAGACGGCUGUGCUGCAGAAGAGAGAGAGUGAGGGAUUUGGCUUCGUCCUCAGAGGAGCUAAAGCUGAGACCCCCAUCGAGGAGUUCGCCCCCACACCGGCGUUUCCUGCCUUGCAGUAUCUGGAGUCAGUUGAUCAAGGGGGUGUGGCCUGGAGGGCGGGGCUUCGGACAGGAGACUUUCUCAUAGAGGUGAACGGGACCGACGUGGUGAAGGUGGGUCACCGGCAGGUGGUCUCUCUGAUCCGACAGGGAGGAAAUCGCCUGCUGAUGAAGGUCGUAUCAGUUUCCAGGAAGUCUGAAUCCAACCUGAUCAGAAAGAAAGCUCCGCCCCCUCCAAAAAGAGCCCCGAGCACCUCGCUGACCCUCCGAUCCAAGUCCAUGACUGCUGACCUAGAGGAGAUAGCCAGGAGGAGACGCUUCGAGAAACUGGAUGAAAUGUUGGCUGGAGGUCAACAGGAAGUUGUUCUGAGGGCACGUCCAUCAGACGACUUCAGAGCAGCGACCGUCAAACAGCGACCGACGAGUCGACGGAUCACACAGGCUGAGAUUAACUCGCUGUUUGAGCGACAGGGUCUGGUUCCCCCCUCAGCUCCAGAGAAGAGCACCAUGGCUUUACCCAGAGGGAUGUCCAGGACCAAGAGUUUUGGCACACCAGAGGACGACAGGAUCACAGCUCUGAUCAAUGAGAGUCGGUUUCCACGGAGCUCCUCACUGACGGACAGCUUCAUCCCUCCUCCUCCACAGCAAGCACCGCCCCCUCCACCCUCUGCCUCCUCCACCUCCUCGAUCUUCCUCCUUGACUCCGGCCCCCCUCCAUCCUUCCUCCCCCCUCCUCCCCCAGCGCGAGGAGAGGGAUUGACCCGGUCCAGCUUCAAGCCGGGGGCGGAGCCAAGGCUGCAAGAGCUAUCCGACUCACCCGCGAGGAGCCACGCCCACGCCGAGCGGCAGAGAAAAGCCAGAUCCAUGAUCAUUCUGCAAGACACGGCAGCGCCGCUACAGCCUGAUGCACACACCGCCUCCACGCAUACGCUGCACACCGCCACACACACCUCUACACUGUCCCUCCACAGCACCAGCCCCGCCCUCGGCCACUCGCCACUAUCGCGCCGCCGGGGUCGACCAAUAGAAAACCCGUAUGCUAAUGUGGGACAGCAGGCUCCGCCCACCAAACCUCAGAGGAGGAAGUCGCCUUUAUUAAAACAACUUCCUGUUGAGGAGCAGGGAAUCAAAGAUCUCGAUUUGUCCAAGGUGGACGGAGCCGGACCCCCGAGCCCCAGCAGGGCAGAGCUGUACCAGCAGCAGGUUCUUUCAGAGCGCGCUCGGGUUCAGGGACGCCGCUCCUCUCUCUUCCUGUCUGUGGAGGGGGCAGGAUCAGAAAAUCAGGCCCCACCUCUCCUGACUCAGAGCCAUUCGAUGGACGACCUUGGCGAGCUUCCCCCUCCGGCUCCCGUCCUAUCACCUUCACCGACACCUCACACCUUCCUCCACCCCCUGACGGGGAAACCUCUAGAUCCCUCCUCUCCACUUGCCCUGGCUCUUGCUGCAAGAGAACGAGCACUCACUGCCCGCACACCGAGUCCUGAGCCUCGAACUAAACACGCCUCCGCCUCCACCACCCCCAUCCACACCCCAGCUGCCAGUCCUGAAGGCAGACACAAGCGCACUCCUAUCGCCACCCCCCAGAGCAGUCCCGAGCCACGAUCCAAGCGCACCACUCCUCAGACGAGCCCGGAGCAGCGUGCCAAGCGUACCACGCCCCAAACCAGCCCGGAGCUGAGGCACAAACGUAUGACCCCACCUCUGUUCCCUGACGGACAGGUGGAGCGACCUGAAACGGAAGGAGGAGUGACGUCACCUGCUGCCCCAUCCCCUGAGCGAUGGAGACCCUUACCGGCGCUGGGCAAUGAGAGCCAUUCAGCUUUGAUUGACAGGCGGAGGAGCCUUACAGUGGGCAGCUCUGAGGAAGAGGGCGGGGCUUACACAGUUACACUUCCACCUGCUUUGUUAUCGUCCAGUGACGAGGAAACCAGGGAGGAGCUACGCAGAAUUGGUCUGGUGUCUCCUCCCCUUGCAUUUGCUAGCCCAUCUGCCCCUCCUCCCCCAUCUUCCCUCACCUUGUUGCCACGGCGAGGAGGAGAAGGAGGAGGAGGAGCAGAUAGUGGUCCUGAUUCCCUGGGUAGACGAGCAGACGAGGAAGAAGGAGGAGAUGAACGUCUUCAUGACAGCUCUUCCUCCCCCAGCUCACUUCCUCCCUCCAUUACUUUAGCUUCGCCUCCUGUACCUACCUCCCCCUCCUCCCCCCCAGCGACCCACCCAUCUCCCUCAUCUGCCGUCACCUCCCCGUCUGCUCUGAAACCCCGUCUUCGCUCCCCGAUCGGUCGGGGCCGCUCAGCGCUCCGGGACCCAUUACUGAAGCAAUCAUCGGACAGCGAACUCCUUCCCUCUGCCGCCUCCUCUUCCUCCCCCUCUUCCCCCCUCUGCUCCUCCCCCACCAGUGGCAGCAACCGGCAGCCACGCUACCUGUUCCAGAGGCGGUCCAAGCUGUGGGGGGGCGGGGAUGACGAGCGGCGAGGCAUCAGCCCGGAGGAUGGGGGAGGCCGUCCAGCGGCGCUGGGAGGACAGAGCUCUGGGUCGGCCGUGGACCUGACCAGCCGGUCGGCGUCGGCGCUGGAGUUGAGUGGCAGGGCCGGGUCCGGGCUGGAUCUGGCGAACCGACUGCAGCUGCUCAACAAAGACAGCCACUCUCUGGGGGAGGAGCCGAGCCCCCUGGACCCUGGCCGGAGGUCCCCAGUAGGAGGAGCCAGGUUGUUCUCCAGCCUCGGAGAACUCCACACCAUUUCCCAGCGAGGAUAUGGCACCAGCUACACGGUUCGACCAGGAAGUCGUUACCCUGUUACCCGCCGAAGCCCUUCCCCUUCUCCGUCACCCUCUGAUAGGUCGAUAGGGCUUGCCUCUUCUCCCGCCCCAGAAAGACCAGAUCUGAGCUCAGGUCGCGGUCUAACCAUCCUCAAGUCGUCCAGUCUCAGUCUCCCAUCAGAACCAAAGGAGGUUCGCUUUGUGAUGCGAAGCGCCAGUGCACGAACCAGAUCCCGCUCUCCUUCGCCUUCACCCCACGCCUCCCCCUGCCCCUCCCCGGUCCUCAGCGGCCCCUUGUUGGCCCUUCGGCCGUGGAGGCAGCGGCCCCUCAACCUGUGGAAUAAAUACGACGUGGGCGAUUGGCUGGAGAGCAUGGGCCUGGCCGAACACCGCCAGCGCUUCCAGGAGCACGAAAUUGAGGGCUCCCAUCUUCCCGCCCUCACCAAGGAGGACUACGUGGAGCUGGGCGUCACCAGACUGGGACACCGAAUCAACAUCGAGAGGGCGCUCAGACAGCUGCUGGAUGGUUCCACUUGACCUCUCACCUCUGACAAAUCACCUCUAGGCAUCCCGAACUGUGACCUCAUAACCCCUGACCUUGGGUCAGACAAUAGAAUAUCUUAACUGUGACUGAAUCUUUAGACCUUCUCACCCACACCCAGCUCUGAGACAUCUCAGAGGCAUUCUGACUCAUCAGCUCUUUAAUCAACGUAAAACAACCAACAGCACCAACUUCCGCGUCCGGCUGCCAGAAAUAUGAUUUAUUACAUCCAGCACCAGUUCAUGAAGUGAACACUUUAUCAAAUCUGAUCAUCUUUACAUAUUAACAGGAAAAUAAAACUAGCAGUGGAUUAUUUCAGACAAGAAAAAAACCUAAAAUGGUCAAAUAUCUCAUAAAAAAAUUAUCAAUGAGCAGUCUUUGAUGACAAAAAUAAGUAAAUUCUGGAAAUAGUAAAACUAAGAUUAAAAAUCCAAGAAUUCACUUCAUAAAAAUCUUUUCGAUGGACAGAAAUAUUCCGAUGAGUUGAUUUAAUGCAUCUCAUUAUUACUUUUUCCACUCUUAAAUUCAAGAGUGGAAUAAUUAAAUUACAAGCAAAAAUUUAGAAACUGAAACUCAUUAAUGGGUUUUGCCCAAAUACAAAUAUGUAAACAGAUUUAUUAUUAAUAAGAUAAAGACCAAAGAAACACUGCAAUGAUGGACUUAAUGUUUUUUCUUUAAUAUAUAUUUUCCAAAUGAUUAUUUAUUUGUAUAAACAGUUUUAAAAGUUCUAUGUUGUUUUCCUCUAUAAAUACCACAGAGGACGUAAAAAACUACUGAUACCUACGAAGUAAGUUUUAGAAAUAGUAAUCUUUUGGCAUUUUGCAAACGAUUAACUGAUAAUUAAAAUUAUUAAAUGUUUUAAGUUGGUACAAGUUUACAUCAUAAAU